AUGCUUGGAAGCGAGGAGAGUACAGAGAAAUACGAAAUUCUGUACUCCUGCGAUCGCCGCUCGAAGCCUCCGGACUUUAAACAACCAUUUGCGCACACCCUACAGAUGGCCUCGUUUGUGCCGCUUGGACUGGACGAUAUCGAGACAACCAUCAUCCACAAGGCAACUUGGAUCGAAGCAGCUGAGCUGACGCUCGACCGGCAUGCUGCCAAAAGCGAGGCUUUGAAUGAGCUCAAGCUGUUGUCAAACAUCAUCGAUCCAUCGUGGGAGCGCGACCCUCCUUCCUGUCACAUUCAGCUUGUGAUUUACUUUGACGAGGCCCACGAGCUCGCCUCCCGAGCUGCACCUGGGAAUAAGUACGACAAGUCGCUUUACGACACGGUGCUUUCGGUCCUCAACGAUUUUGUUUCGUAUCCCCUUUUCGCGAUCUUUCUCUCCACCAUUUUGCAUGUCGCUCGAUGCCCGCCUUCCCAAGAUUUCGCUAGCUCGUCACGAGCUGCACGAGAGAGCUUGCUGCAAGCGCCGGUCACAGAAACUCCCUUCGACUGCGCCCCAGAUUUUGUCGUCAAACCACAUGGUCUUCGACUCGGGGAUGCUUACGCACAUCUACAGACCCUGAAAAUCUGCUUUUGA